AUGGAAGCCCUGCAGAGGCAGCAGGCAGCCCGACUGGCCCAGGGGGUGGGGCCAUUGGUCCCUCCACAUCCAGCGCCACCACGGCCUCCCUUGCCUGGCCUCCGGAUUCUGCAGGCCCCAGAGAGGGCUUUGGGGGAGGUUGGCGCUGAGGAAGAGGAGGAUACUGAAGAGGAUGAGGAUGGGGAGGAAGCUGGGCCUGAGGAAGAGGCAGCUGAGGAGAGUCGUCCAGGAACCCGGGGCCCCAGCCCACCUUCCAACCAGCCCCCUGGACCUCAUCCCCAUGAGUGGACCUACGAGGAACAGUUCAAGCAGCUGUAUGAGCUCGAUGAAGACCCCAAGAGGAAGGAAUUCCUGGAUGACCUGUUCAGCUUCAUGCAGAAGAGGGGGACGCCAGUGAACCGCGUGCCCAUUAUGGCGAAGCAGGUGCUGGACCUGUACGCUCUGUUUCGCCUGGUGACAGCCAAAGGCGGCCUAGUGGAAGUCAUCAACCGCAAGGUGUGGAGGGAGGUCACGCGCGGCCUCAGCCUGCCCACCACAAUCACGUCGGCCGCCUUCACUCUACGCACCCAGUACAUGAAGUACCUGUACCCAUACGAGUGCGAGACGCGGGCGCUCAGCUCCCCCGGGGAGCUCCAGGCCGCUAUCGACAGCAACCGGCGAGAGGGCCGUCGUCAGGCUUACACCGCCGCCCCGCUCUUCAGCCUGGGCCGCCCGCCCCCUCGGGCGACCCCUGGCCCCGCCUCUGGUCCUGGCUCCGCCCUGCCCGCACCCACGCCUGGCCCCCGCCCAGCCCAGGGCUCCGCCUCCGGCCUGCCGGCGCACGCAUGCGCGCAGCUGAGCCUGAGCCCCAUUAAGAAAGAGGAGAGUGGAAUUCCAACCCCUCGACUGGCACUGCCUGUGGGCUUGGCCUUGGGACCUGCACGGGAGAAGUUGGCACCAGAGGAGCCUCCAGAGAAGAGGGCUGUGCUGAUGGGGCCCAUUGACCCAACUCGACCUGGUGCACACCACAGUUUCCUGCCUCAUGGCAAGGUUCCCCUAAGGGAAGAGCGGCUGGAUGGACCUCUCAAUCUGGCAGGCAGUGGUAUCAGCAGUAUCAACAUGGCACUAGAGAUCAACGGGGUGGUCUACACUGGCAUCCUCUUUGCACGCCGCCAGCCUGUGCCAGCUUCCCAUGGCCCAACUAACACUGCACCCCCAACCCCUACAGGACCCUCUUCCAACACCUCACCCUGA